AUGUCAGCCAUCCUCUCUGCCGACGACCUGAACGAUUUCAUAUCCCCCGGCGUCGCUUGUAUAAAACCGAUCGAAACCCUUCCCACCGCGCCACCACCACAAGCUUCCGAAUCCCUCGAAUUCGAAGUCAUCCUCGACGGUCAGCAACCCUCUGCCUCACAACCCCCCGGCCCGGCGCAAAUAUCCCUCACCGACUGCCUAGCCUGCUCCGGCUGCGUAACCUCGGCCGAAGCCGUCCUCGUCUCCCUCCAAUCCCACAAUGAAGUCCUCUCCCUGCUGGACUCAGCCCCCAGCCUUGCCCUCUCCCAAGAUGGCACCACCAUAACCACCAACCUCGACGGAAACCCCUCCUCCAAACUCUUCGUCUGCUCUGUAUCCCCCCAAGUCCUCGCCUCCCUCGCCGCCGCGAUAGGAAACAACACCACCCAAUCCCAAGCAGCAAACAUGAUCACCCACCUCCUCUCCAACCCCUCCCUCGGCCUCCCCUCAGGCGGCAGACACAACAACGGCUUCACCUACAUCGUCUCCACCAACCGCGCCCGCGAAGCCUCCCUAGUCCUAGGCGCCGACGAAGCCAUCUCCUCCUCCUCUAACGACAUCAAAAAACCAGUUCUAACCUCCAGCUGCCCAGGCUGGGUCUGCUACGCCGAAAAGACUCACCCCUACGUCCUCCCCUACCUCUCAAAAGUCAAAUCCCCCCAGGCCCUCACCGGCACCCUCCUCAAAACAACCCUCUCCAAAACCCUCAACAUCUCCCCAGACAGGAUAUGGCACCUCUCCAUAAUGCCCUGCUUCGACAAGAAGCUCGAGGCCAGCCGGGAAGAGCUCACCGAUGCCGUCUGGAACAACACCUCCAACAACCCAGCCACAACCACAACUCAAAAGGGAAUCAGAGACGUCGACUGCGUAAUCACCACCAAAGAAAUCCUCAUGCUCGCCGAAUCACGCAACAUCAAUUUCUUCUCUCUACCUACAACCCCCCUCCCCCAGACCACGCCCUUCCCUCACAAAGCCAUGGGCGAUUUCCUUUUGCCUUUUUCCGCCCCGGGGAAGAAAAACGAACAGCAAUCCCUUUCUGCGGGCACCUCCGGUGGAAAUCUUCAUUACAUCCUCCACGCCCUCCUCUCCCAAAACCCCGGUUCAACUUUGACCACCACCCGAGGCCGCAACGCCGACGUAAUAGAGUACUCGAUUCUCUCCUCCUCAGGGGAACAAAUCUUCAAAGCCGCCCGCUACUACGGCUUCCGCAACAUCCAAAACCUCGUUCGGAAGCUCAAGCCCGCCAGACCCCCCCGCAUGCCUGGAGGAAAACCGUUUGGUUCAGCUCGACGACCUGGAAAGGCCGCGGGAGCCACCAACGCGCUGGAUUUCUCCUAUGUCGAGGUGAUGGCGUGUCCGGGGGGUUGCACCAACGGUGGUGGGCAGCUCAAGGUGGACGACCCGAUUGUCCUGGAGAGGAUGGGUUUUGGUGGGAUCGAAAACAAACCUGGGCCGCAGGAGCAAAAGGCUUGGUUGGAGGUGGUGGAUGAGGCGUACUUUUCUGGUGAUGAUGAGGAGACAUCAUCAUCUGAAAGGACAGAUGAUGGCCUCGUGGUGGCUGGGAUAUCACCCGGUUAUGUUCGGGAUGUGCUGAGGGUGUGGUCGGAGCUGACGUCGGUGCCGGUGGAGAAGUUGGCGUAUACCACCUUUCGGGAGGUGGUUAGUGAUGUGGGAAAGACGCAGACUGACACUGAACGGGUGGUUCAGUUGGCGGGGAAGAUUGGUGGUGGUUGGUAG